UACAGUUUAAUCGUUGCAUAGUCCAUUUUAGUCAGGAGGCUACUUUUAGUUGUAAUAUUUAAUUUUUAGAUUUGAUAUCCUGGCCAUGCAUACAUUUGAUCAUUGCAUUUAAUUGUUUCAAAGAUGUCAGGGAAGAAGAAGAAGAGCACUAUUUCAUGCUUUGCUCUCAAGGGUCAGCCUCCUAAAAAGGUUGCCAGGUCAGAGGAGGAGACUGUGGAGGAGGCAGUGGAGGAGAUAGUGGUGGAGUUAGAAGAAGACUCACUAGAAACAGGAAGAAAGAGAGGAUUGUCUGGAGCGGCCACUUACAGGUGUUCUUUUAAGAAUGAAUGGACAAUCAAAUGGCCAUUCAUUACAUUAGGUACCACCAGCUCUUACUACUGGUGCUCUGUCUGCAGACAAGAGAACUCCUGUGUCCAUCAAGGCGUGAGGGACGUAAGCAGGCACAUCGAAAGUAAGCGACAUCGGGCCAAAGAACAGGCUCUUAACUCGGCCGGCAGUGUUGCACAAUUUUAUACUCCACUAGCUUCUGAGAUGAAGGUGGCCGUUGCAAUGGUGCAGCACAAUGUGCCAUUUGCAGUUGCGGACCAUAUCAGUCUGUUGUACAAGGAAUGUUUUAAAGACUCCCCCACGACUCAGAACGUCAAGAGUGCCGGCACCAGGACAGCGUGCAUCAUCAACAAAGCAGUGGCACCACGUAUUAGAAAUGGAUUGGUGACAAAGAUGAGGAAGAAUCCCUUCACACUUGUCACUGAUGGCUCAAAUGAUACAGGACUAGAGAAGAUGAAUCCCAUCACUGUAAGGAUAUUUGACACCACCAAAGUUGUCCACAGAUUUCCGGAUAUGUGUACCACCAGUGGACGAAGCUGUGGCACAGCUGAAGUUAUAUAUAAAAAAAUCAACGAUGUCUUGCGGGAAAAUAACAUACCUUGGAGAAAUUGUGUUGGUCUGUCAAUUGACAAUGCACCUGUAAAUACAGGUGCCAAAAAUUCCAUUUCAGCCAGAAUGCUGAAGGAAAAUGACAGCAUUUACAUACAUGGAUGCCCCUGCCAUAUCAUUCACAACACUGCCAGACAGGCUGGACAGCGGUUUUUGGAAAUAUCUGGAUUUGAUCCAGAGGAUCUGGCUGUGGAUGUUGGAUACUGGUUUAAGGGAAGCACCAACAGUAAAGGCUACUCAGCAGAAUUUUGUAACUUCCAUGGAAGCGAAUACAUGGAAACGCUGCCGCACAUUUCAGAGCGAUGGUUAAACCUGGAAACCUGUGUUACACGCAUUCUGCAGCAGUAUGGGCCACUCACCAGCUAUUUCAAGUCUUUCGAUGAGAAACAACCAAGGUUUAGAAGGCUGGUGGAUGCAUUUUCCAACCCUUUGACUGAAGUCUACCUCCUCUUUUUCCAAGCUACACUGCCAGUGUUCUCUACACUGAACCUCCUCUUCCAGAGAGAAAAAUCCUCCAUAUUCCAGCUCCAUGGAGAGAUGACAACGUUCAUCUUGGAGUUGUGUGCGAGGUUCAUGAAGCCAGCAGCACUACUACAGAGCCGACAAGUCCAUGACAUCCACUACAAGGACCCACUGAACCAACUGCCGGGAGAAAAGCUGGAUGUUGGCUUUACCACCAGAGCUACCCUCAACAGGCUCCUUGAGGCUGGAGACCUCACACCUCAGGAGGUUCAUCAAUUCCAGCAGGCAUCACUGGCAUUCCUGGUCAGGGCUGUGGAGUACGCGAUCAACAAACCCUCCCCUGAAGGAGGCCCUUCUUCAGCAUGCAAAAUUUGUUGAUGUGCAGCAGAGGGCUGAAUGUGGCAUGGAAGAUGCCCUAUACUUUGUAGACAGGCAAGGGUUUCAACAUAUUGACCAGAUUAAGUUUGAUG